AUGCUGUUUGCUAUUGCCUGCACUCAGAAUGGUACUGUGGGAGACCAAAAACCGACCGACUUCGAGCGUCGUAUCAAUGAGGCGGUGUUUCCUGGUCUCCAAGGCGGUCCCCAUGAGAACACAAUCGCUGCUAUUGCUGUCGCAUUACGAGAAGCGGCUAGUCCGAACUUCAGGGCAUAUCAAAAACAAGUGUUGUCAAACAUGCAGCAUUUAUGUACCACGCUCAACUCUUUGGGUUAUGAGAUUGUCACGGGUGGAUCAGAAACGCAUGUCUGUCUGUUGGAUUUGCGACCGAACAAAUUAGACGGAUCCCGAGUGGAACGAGUACUCGAGCUGGUCGGAAUAUGCGACAAAUGCUUCCCUGAGCCAGUACUGGUUACAAGGUCAAAGACGGACGAAUCGCGAUCUAGUUUAAGUCCCAGUGGUAUACGUUUGGGCACGGCUGCGCUGACUUCACGCGGACUGCUGGAGGCUGAUAUCACUAAAGUGGCUGGAUUUAUUCACCAAGCCGUUUUGCUUACUCUUCGUGUAAAUGAGCUGGCCGGAAGUAAAUUGAUCAAGGAUUUUCAUGCCGUUUUGAAUGACAAUCAGGAAAUCAAGGCCGCAUUGUCUGCUAUGAAGAACGAAGUGGAAGCGUUUGCUGCCGGAUUUCCAAUGCCCGGUUUUCCGAACUUUUGA